GUCGACGGCGAGAUUCGGAGGCGCCGGCGAAGAAGCGCAGAGGAUUCUGGACGCGAACACGGACGGAGAUGACGCGAGGCGGCGAGCUCGCGGAGCCUUCAGGGAAGUCCGACUCGGGCAUCGACCGCUGCUUUGUUCGAGGAAUUGCACGAAAAUUUGCAUCAUCUGGUUAUGGUGUCUUUGCGAUGGAUUACCCUGGAUUUGGUCUCUCCAAAGGUCUUCAUGGUUACAAUUCAAGCUUUGACAGGCUAGUUGAUGCUGUUAUUGAGCAUUACUCAAUAGUUAGGGAAAACAAUCAAGGUCUACCGUGUUUCUUGCUCGGCCAGUCAAUGGGGGGGAGCAGUUCCUCUCGAGUUCGCAGGGGACAUGCUACACCUUGGCUGGUAAAGCAGAUACUGAUUGGUGUUGCCAAGAUUCUGCCAAAAGGGAUACGGCAGAGGUGGGAUUUAGAGACGCAAAGUAGAAAAAAAAUUGGCUCAAUACUACAUUCAGUGACUGUCAAUUGGGUGCUAAACAAUGGCAGUUUCUCUGAAUUCGGGCACCAUAUAAUGUUAUAGCAUACAAGGAUAAACCUUGACUUGCGGCUGCACUAGAACUUCUCAAAAUAACACAACAGAUAGAACAACAGCCGGAGAAGGUAUGAGGAUUAUUCCCUGGAAAAGCUCAUUUUCUCUUUUGUCCUCUCUGCUGCACGUCCGCAUGCUUUGCCAACAGAAGUAUGGUGAUAAUCUCAAUACACACUUUUUUACCCGUAUUCCAUGAUAAGUUUCCUCUCUUUGUAUAGAAUUUUUCUUCUCCAUUAGCC